CACGCUUUUAAUGUCUAUGCACUGACUAGCCAUGUUGGCAGAGCAACAGCGUUGUGGUUUGUAGCAAUGGCUGUGCUUUACAUGAAAUGUAAAACAGGAAGAGCUGAAGGCGUUUGACUUUGUUUAUUGGUUAUAUUGGUGCUGUUCUUAACUCGGGUUGCUUUAUUUUAUCUGAGACCGAGCGAAGAAGUAAAAUUAGGCGACGUGUUAUUGGGUCGAAAGUUCAUUUCAACGCGUGAGAUGAGUUCAGAUUAAUUCUGUAUUUUAGAAUAUUUUAUUUGACAGGGUAUAUAAAAAAAGAAUGUCUAUCGAGGAGAUGUGUUGUGUUGUCACUGUUUCUGAGAGCAGCUGCAGUGAGAAGAAGCAGCCGAGUGGAAAUCCUCUGAGCUGCAGUGGAGUGGUGUUGAGCUAUCAGUCAGGACUUGUGCUCUGCAGCGGGAUGCUGCUCUCGCCUUUCCUACGAAAUAAAGAUUGUAUACGUCAAAACCUCACUAUGUUAAGUCCUUAUGAAUUUAGCAACAAAAUUCAGGUUUACAUAGAUCACAUAGACGGAAAGGUGAACCAAUGCACAAGCCAGAGGUCCAUGCCACUGAUGUGCCACAGACCUGCUGAGCUACUCAUGAUGAUUAACUGCAUGGAGUUCCAGGAAGCUUUUCAAAAGCUGUUUGCUGACUCUGAUCAGUGGAAGUUUACUGAUUGUAAUGAGGACAAUGAAAUCAUCUAUGACUCGAAUUUCAUGAGUUGGUUUGCAGUGCUGAAAAUGACCACAAAUACCCAUGUUGAUCCUGUGCCUUGGUUACAGAGUACAGUGCUUACAAAGGGAUGUUCUGUCCUGGCGUGUGGGUCUCCGUUUGGUUCUUUCUGUCCAGAUCUUUUCAUGAGCACACUGAGCAAAGGCAUCGUGAGCAACCUGGCUGGAAAGGAGAAUGCAUUGAUCUUGACAGAUGCCCGUUGUCUGCCUGGCACUCAAGGAGGAGGCCUUUUUGUUAGUGAUGGAGAUGCAUCAUAUCUUGUGGGCUUGAUUGCUUCACCGCUGUGUUGGAAGUCAAAUGAGUGGAUCGGUCUGACUUUAGUGUGUUCUCUGCAUUUAAUUUUGAAAAACAUGUUACAGACUGUAAACUCUCUUCAGUUGCUGAGGGAGAUAUCAACACCCUCAUUCAGUGAUCUCCAUUGCGUCCCUCUUGAUGCACGUAAAACAUCUGAAAAGGGAAAAUACCCCAUGGUGGUUGUAGUUGAAUGUGGACAAGUUUGGGGUUCUGGAAUUGUGUUAAAUCAUCAUUUAGUGUUAACAUGCAGACAUGUUGUGAAUGGGAGAGAAUUUCCUGAAGUCACAUUCAACUUUAGUCAGAGACCUCAGACUGUAAAAAGUAGAGUGCUGUAUUCUACAAAGGAAUCCUCUCCUUAUGAUAUUGCUAUUGUGCAGCUUCAAGAGCCUUUCUCAAAUGUCACAGUGCCACAGUUAUGCACCAGUUGUUUGCCGGGAGAAGAUGUGCUUGUACUGGGAUAUGGAGCUUUAGGGAAAACCUGUGGCCCCUCACUGACCUCAGGGAUACUCUCCAGAGUUGUCCACCUGCGAAACAAGCCAGUGAUGCUACAGACAACUUGUGCUGUGAAUUGUGGAGCCAGUGGUGGAGCUGUUGUUCGUGCCAAAACGGGCGAGUUGUUGGGUAUUGUGUCCAGUAAUACAAGAGACUUCGCAGCCAAGGUCACAUAUCCCCAUUUGAACUUCAGCAUCCCAGUUUCUGUGUUUGAGCCUCUUCUGAGUAGAUUUGCACAGACACAAGACCCUGCUGUUUUUCAGGAAUUGGACAGUGCAGAGGAUGAGAUCAAGAGAGUGUGGAGACUUCAGAUUUCUCAAAGUAAGCUGUGAAUAUGCUGAUCUGCCAUAAAAAAUAAUUGAACCACCUGCCUCAUAUUAUGUAGCUCUCAAUCGUCAAGGCAUGGACUCCGCUGUGGUAUCUGGCACCAAGCUUUUAGCAGCAGAUCCUUUGAGUCUUGUUUGAUGGGAGGUCGGCCACCAUGGAUCAAACUUUUUUGUCCCAGCAGAUUCCUGCAUAAGCUUGAUGAAUUUGAGAACUGGGGAGUUUGAAAGCCAAAUUAACACCUUGAACAUUUUAUCAUGGUCCUUAAACCAUUCCUGAACAAUAUUCGCAGCGUGGCAGGGUGCAUUAUCUUGCUAAAAGAGGCCAUUACCAUUAGGUAAUAUUGUUGCCUUAAAGGAGUGUACUUGGUUUACAACAAUGUUUAGGUAGGUGGUAUGUGUUGGAGUAACAUCCCCAUGAAUUACAGGACCCAAAGAUUGCCAGCAGGGAAUCAUUUCCCAGAGCUUCACACUAACGCUACAUCCUGGUACCAGCUCUUCCCCAAGAAUGGGACACACACAUGCUCGGCCAUCCACAUUAUGUAAAAGUGAAUGUGAUUCAUCAGACCAGACCACUCAUUGCUCUAUGUUCAUUUCUGAUGCUCAUGCACCUCAUGUAGGUGCUUUUAAUAAUAGACAUUGGUCAGAAUGUACUGAUCUGUGAUUUGACUGAUCUGUGACUAUGCUGCUCGAUAUACAGCAUGCUGUGGUGCACCGUAUGUUCUGACACAUUUACAGUGCAGAAAAAGCAUUAAUUUUCAAAUUGUCAGGUACAACUAUGUACCUGAAAAACUAGUCUUCACUCUCCAUGUGCACCAGUGAGCCUUGUGUAUAUAAGACCCUGUCACAGGCACUAGUUGUACUUUCUUGGGAAACUUUUAGUAGGUACUGACCACUGCAUACAUUGAGUAUCCCUCAAGAGAAGUCAUUUUGGGGAUGCUCUGACCCAGUCGUCUAAAUUUACUGUUUGGCCUUCGGUAAAAUUGAUCUUUAUGAUUUUCCUGCUUAUAAUCCAAUCAUCUUUGCAAUUUUAUUGUUCACUUGCUGCCUAAUGUAUCCCACUCUUUGACAAGUGCUAUUGUAAUAAGAUAACCAGUGUUGUUUACCUCUCAGUAGUUUUUAUGUUAUGACUGAUUAGUGUGUUUGUGAGAUAGAACAUGUAACAUUGCCAUGUGCAGGCCAUAGCAACAAUGGCAGUAAUUAGCCAACUUGUAACUGCUAAAUGUUUUGUCUGCAGAUCUAAAAGAUUUAAUUCUCUGUGAACAUUACAUCUAAUUAUAAUUGAUUACUACAGUGACUAAUGUAAUACACUGCGUAUACCGCUGUUAAGAUGUAAAAAAAGGUUUUAGAAAUUCAUAAAAUGAAUGAAUGAA